GGCGUCAACGGCCGUGUGUAGCGGAUUCCGCUCGCGGCUUGCGUCGUGCUCCGUUCGGGGCGCAGCCAGUGGAGCGACAGCUUCACACCGGCCCACAAGCGCGCUGCUCGCAGCUCCACCGACAGUUAUCGGCGGCGCGAUGCCUGCUUGCUCCUCAGACGAAGACGCCGAAGCCUCCGCCUAUCGUACCAGCCAGCGUCGUCGGCGCUCCUUGAAAGCCUGAAGAAAUUCGCGCGGCGUGGUCUACGCAACUUUCUUUCUCGGGAAUGUUCCAAGACGAAGCUUCGAACGCCUAGAAUUGAUUCUUUUUUGAACGGUACACUUCCCGGCCUCUGCACUGCACUGCUUCGGCAGUGUAGAGAAAAAGUUUGACCGAAUUAUUGACGGAAGGAUCACUUUCGCGACGUCCGGUCUGUCGAGAUAGUCACGAUUUGCAACGUGCUCGCUGAUUGCAAGCUUGAACGCAAAAGUCGCCAAUCCCGGCUUUUCGGAGCAUAAAGAAGAACGACUGCUGGAGUACAAACAUAUUUUGAGGCUCCUGCUGGAAGAACUUCCUUGAAGUCUGAGCCGACGCCGCGUCUAUCGUUCAGGGACAACAGUGUUUUCGAACUUACCAUCGCCACUCUUUCUUCACACUUUUCCUCGUCUUCGUGAUCGCGCGCGUGCAUGAGCGUUUGCUUUUCUUGUCACCGAUACCGGAAGAAAGACGGACAGUCGAUGCCGGCGCCGUGAAACGUGCGGUCGCUUGGGACUCACGACUUCGCGCCGCCUUUGUUGCGUUUGAGCCGGUUAAGCGGGCCCGAGCCGUCCUCUGCUGUGCGACGGUCGUAUCACUACGGCGCCGAAUUUGAGAAGGUGCCUGGCUGUCGAUUAGGCGGUGGUUGCACUUCCUGACGAAAACGCGGCCGUGCUUUGCUGCGUGCGCGCUUGUGAAAGGCCUCCCUCUGUGCACAGCGGAUUAUGUCCGUCUCAAAAGCAUUCUGCUGGCUACUGUGCUGGACUUUAAGCUGCCUGUCGCUGCAAGGCGUUCGUUGCGUGGCCAUCUGGAAAUUCUCAGUGCCUCGCUGGGUCCAGAAUGGCACCGAGGAUCCCGUGUUGCUGGACUGCGAGUACGUGUACAACGAGCACGACGGGAGACUCGUGGUCAAGUGGUUCUUCAACGACCUCACAGAACCCGUGUACCAGUGGAUACCGGAGCUGAACUCGCGUCAAACGAGCGGGAUCCUCACGGGACGCCUCGACGACUCGUACACUGUGGGCGGUCCCCGGGACUCGCAGUACCGGGCGCUGCGAAUCAUCAGGCCUACUACCGAGAUGAGUGGUCUCUACACGUGCGUCGUCUCGUCCAUGGCCGGCUUCGACUCGCGGAAGCAGUCUAUGAUGGUCUAUGUACCAGCGAAAAACUUCACUCUCUCGUACGUGACCACACCAGCGCCGGCAGCGCCCCCUGCGGCCGCGUCAUCCCUCGGUACCGCCGCCCAUGCACUCGUGGGUGUUCCCGCUGAUACCACUUCCCCUGGGCCUGGUACGAGUCCGGGUAGCUUCAGUGGCAGCGGUACGAUGGUGGAGGUGCACUGCGGCGCCCUGGGGCUGCACCCGCGUCCCACGCUUCGGCUCUUCAGCAUUACACCGGACAUGCGUCGCACCGAGGUACAGCGCGGAAGGCCCCGGACACGCAAGACAAACGGCACGUACGACAUCGAGCUGUCACGCUCGUUCAGCGCCGAGCAGUUGCCGCAGUCGGUGACAUUCGAAUGCGUGCUCGAGAUACCGGGCACCGACUACGAAGUGCGCCGGAGGACAGUCUACAGUCCCGGGUAUCUUUACUUAACAGGUGGUUCAUCAGAGAUCGCCUCAAGAAAGAGCUUACUGGUCGUGCUUUUUGUCCUGACGCUUUUAAAGAACGCCUAUACAUCUACGAGUUGAAGACUAGUCCCAGGUUUGUUGAAGAAACUGUGGCAGAAGCUUGAAGGACGCCUAGUCAGACGUUCAAAGUUUUUGUAAUUAAGAUGUACAUACGCACAUAUAUUUGUAAUUAUCUGGUAUCCUCUCUCGAAGAACAAUGACAUAAGGCAGAAAGCUGGCCAAUAGUUACGGCUUUGUUUCGCCCGCAUUCCUUUAAGAGGAAAUCCCGCAUUAAUUGUGGCUUUCCUUUGUUGUUAUCGUCCAUUUACUGUGAUGAACUAUGUUUUUUGUUGAAGCCCCACUACACGUUUAAAAGCCCCGCCUUGUGUAGUCAACCGUUCGUUUAAAUACCACAGAUAAUAUACUUCCUUUUUAUGGCUGCUUAGAUAUAUGGACUACUCUAUGCUAACCUGAAGCAGAGACCAACAGCGUAUACCAAAGAUGAUUGCAACGGUUGUUUCUAUGAGCGCGCAUCUGUUGGAGCGAGCACUUCAGUGGACUGCUUCGACGAGUGGACUCGUCCUGGACAAAGCAUGCAGUGCCGAUAUUGGAGGCCUGGGUGGCUUGCUGAAAGGCCGCGAUCGCGACAAAUAAAUAAAGAGUAUUUUUAUGAAACGAAAA